UUCCUGAAGCAGAGUACUUCCAUCAUGGCAGGCUGUAAGUUGGUGCUAGAAGGUAGAGUUAGUGUAAACGCGUUUAUUUUAGGAGUCAGCGUGCUUGUUAUUCCGCUUAUCAGAACCUUUUUCGGACACCAUGACUGGGUCUUUGAUUACCUGACGGAAACUCCCGGGAAAGUCGUGAUUUGCGUUCAUAUCGCGGUUGUCAACGGCCUCUUGCUAACCAUAUACAGAGGACCUCUUUACAAGGUUGCUGUGAGAGCCUGCUUUCUGGGAGUUACUUUUGGCCUCGGCUUAAUGAUAAGCUGCUCCGACACCACAUGGACACACUUUGGCUGGUACAUGUGCUCCCUGUCGUUUUUCCAUUACUCUGAGUACCUGGUGACGGCCAUCAUCAACCCUCGCAGCCUGUCACUGGACUCGUUCCUGCUCAACCACAGUGUGGAGUACACGCUGGCGGCUAUCUCAUCAUGGGUGGAGUUCACCAUAGAGAAGCUCACAGUUCCAGAGCUGAAGCAGCUGAGCUGGCUGAGCUUGGUGGGUCUGUUCAUGGUGCUGUGUGGGGAGGGUCUGCGGAAGGCGGCGAUGUUGACGGCCGGCUCAAACUUCAACCACAUCGUUCAGAAUGAGAAGGCCACGAGCCACGUGCUGGUCACCAGCGGGGUCUACUCCUACUUUAGACACCCGUCCUAUGUGGGCUGGUUCUACUGGAGCACGGGGACCCAGGUCAUGCUGUGUAACCCCGUGUGCAUACUGGGCUACACGAUAGCCAGCUGGAGGUUUUUCCGGGAACGUAUCGAGGAGGAGGAGCUCUCCCUCAUCCACUUCUUCGCUGAGGACUAUGUGCAGUACAAGAAGAAGGUUCCCACUGGCCUUCCCUUCAUCUCAGGGAUCCGUGUUAACUAGUCCCGAGCCGGAUUCUGGACUGAGCAGACUUUAAGCACUGAAGCAGAUCAGACCUGGUGGGUGUGUGUAGCGUCCGUCAUGGCGGCUGGCUGCCCUCCAGCAGAGACCCGAGCAGCUGGCUGAGAGCCUCACAGCUCACAGACAGAGACAGUGAUGGCUGGGAUGGCGGCACGCAGCUGGGCUGCUGAUUUUCUACCAACUUCCAAAAUCCAGUUAACGACCAGAGAACCUCCACUGUACUCAUUUACUCCAAUAAUAUCCACGUCAUGUGUUUUGUUGUGUUUCUGUUUGCAUGCUGUGACCAUGCCGAGUGUUUUCACAGAUGACCUGUUCAGAUCAAUGCUGCACUGUACCCACUCGCAACCAGUGAGAAGUUAAAAAACUGAUUCUUUAGACGGACGAGUUCAAAGGUUUUUCACAGUAUUGUUAUUGGUUAUGUUUUCAAGAGGUUGUCACAACUUUCACUACACUUAAAAUCUUAAAAAUCAUUAAUGGAGUAUUUCACUAAAGGACAGUUAUCCCCCGUAGGGUCGUCAGGAUAUCAGAUUUUAAACUUUGAUUCAAUACCAGAAAAAAUACCUGUCUCGAUGCUGCAGGAACCCCCUAAUGGCUUUUUUUAUUUUUUUAAAUUACCAGAAUUUGCAGCACAUUGUAUAAAUUACACAAACGUGGUCAAUGUAUUUGUGUAAUUUAGACAGUGCUCUCUCUUUGGGUUCACAAUAUGACUGAAGAUCUGUAGUUGUUUUUUGAUCGUAAAAAAAAACAGAGAUUGUUGUGUUUUUCCAACACAUGGUCAAACAUUGUGACGCGAUCGUCCCCUGUAGCUGAGGUCUCCGUUGUGUGAUGCAAAUUCAAAGCACCUCAGCUGUGAACUUUGACCCCUCCAUUAGAACCCAAAAUGAUUGUUCUUCUCAGUGUAGUGUUGUAGUACUCGAGAUCAGUCUCUGCCUGUUAUUACAGCGUCUCAUUCUUGAGUUAAGAAGCUCGGUAACACAGGACUAUACAUUUAUCACAGUAUAACUUAAACAUGAAGAUCUUACCUGUCGACUGCAAAGCCAUCUACAGCGGCGGUGAGUCGACGGAUGAAUCAUGUCAGAUAAUCGUGGUCACCUACUGUUCAUGCCACACCGCUGCAUCCUCAAAGAUCCAAAGCACUAUCGAUGUCGUGUAGUGAAGGUUAAAGCAGCACUCACAUAAUCUCUGUCAGAAAAAAUUUAGACCACUGAACCAAACAUUCGAUUUUUCACUUAGCCGCUCCUUUAUGACGACAAGGGAGAAAAGAAGCUUUUUUUCUGUUUACGAUUUUAUCCUCCGAACGAUUAUUUCACUGUAAAUGUUUUUAGUUGUGUGAAGGAUGUUUACGUUUCUAUCAGGUCAGUUAGAGAUGAAGCUGCAGCUUCUCCAGUCGACUGAAUACAUUAAAGGUUCUUUUUUAAAUAUAUAAUUUAAGAGAUUAAAUGUUGAAAAAGGA